GAUAUAGGUGUUUUUUUUUCUAACAGUAAUUGAACUCGUGCCGGUAAUAUUUUUUAGCAAAUAAAGUACAAUAAAAUAAAUAAUAUUAAUUAAAAAAUACCUCAAAUAUAAUGAAAUUGCAAAUAAUAUUAAUAUUUAGUGUUUAUUUAGUAUUAAAUAGUGUUUUAACACAAACAAUUGAUUCAAAUUUAGUGAAUAACAAUGUUGAAAGAACUAUUGAUUUAACAUCACAAUUAGCAAAAGUUUCAAUCAAAAUAACGCUUAAAAAUUCAGGUACACAACCAAUUAAAAAUUUCCUAUUGUAUGAGAAUCCCAAGGAAAAAGGAAUACUAGCGUAUAUCAUUGCGAAAGAUACCAGUAAACAAACAUUACAGAUCGAUGUACAAGGGAAACAACGUCGAAUUCACUUACAAAAUCCAUUGUUAUCGGGUAAAACAACAAUUGUUAAUGUAGAAUAUGUGUUGGCUAAAUCGUUGGAACCAUAUCCGGCUAAAAUUACUCAACGUGAACGACAGUUAGUACGUUUCAUUACGACUCAACAUUUUUACUCACCUUAUGCAACGACCGAAGAUAAAACUACGUUUAAAUUGAGUUCACGAAAUAUUGAAAGCUAUACCAAAGUGAAACCAGUGUCUCAGAAUGAUCAAUUAUUGACGUAUGGACCAAACAAGAAUGUGGAACCCUUGUCGGAAGUUGAUGUAUUGGUACAUUUCGAAAAUAAUUCACCAUUUUUAACGGUAACGAAUUUAGUUCGAACAAUCGAAGUAUCGCACUGGGGUAACAUCGCUAUCGAAGAGCAUAUCGAUCUCUUACAUACCGGUGCACAAUUGAAAGGUUCAUUUUCACGAUACGAAUAUCAACGAGACAGCAACAGUGGUUUAGCAAGUAUUAAAUCAUUCAAAACGAUUCUUCCAGCAUCAGCCAGUGAUGCUUAUUAUCGUGACAAUAACGGCAAUAUAUCAACAUCACAUAUGAAAAUCAAACGAGAUGCCGUUGAAUUAGACCUUCGCCCACGCUUUCCAUUAUUCGGCGGUUGGAAAACUCAAUACACACUUGGCUACAAUGUUCCAUCGUACGAGUACUUAUUCCAUUCUGGAGAUGAAUAUUUAUUGAAAAUGCGAUUAAUUGAUCAUAUUUUUGAUGAUAUGUUAGUGGAUCGAGUUACAACCACAAUUAUUUUACCAGAAGGAAGUACUAAUUUAAAUUUAAAAACACCAUAUCCAGUCAAACGUCAUCCAGAUACAUUACAUUACACAUAUUUGGAUAUGAAAGGACGUCCAGUGGUUUCCUUCUCCAAAGAAUUUCUUGUGGAAAAUCAUAUACAAGAUUUUGAAUUAAGUUAUAAUUUCCCCCGAUUGUUAAUGUUACAAGAACCGUUGUUAGUUUUCGGCGCGUUGUAUAUUCUAUUCUUAGUAAUAAUCGUUUAUGUAAGAUUAGAUUUUUCAAUUACUAAAGAGAAGAAAGAAUGAAUUUUCCAAUUUUCUCGAUCCACACAACUUCUUUUUUUGUUGUAUUGUUAA